AGUCAUUUUGUGAAGAGCCACGGAAGUGUUGUGAAGAAUGGUGAAGCUGAAGAAUAUUAUUCUGUUUUUAGUGGUAUUCUGUGCUCUUGCUGUACGUGGAUAUGCUGAUGUAGAGGAAGUUUUCUACUGGUCAAGGGUGAAUUAUGAGAAUUUACCCCAACAAGAAAAUUCCUACGUGGGACCCUACCCGUACUACGUACCGGAAAAUAAUGAAGUGCUUAACAUUGGAUACCAUCCAGCUAGUGGAUUAGUUACAACGACUGUGGGGAGAUUUAGACCAGGUGUUCCAAUAGCUUUGGGUGCUUUCUGUAUUGGUGACUACAGAACAGGAUCGAGUCCUAGAAUUUGGGGUUUUCCAAGCUAUGAGGCUAAUGCAUUAAUUCCGGAGGAUUUUGCCGGAGGAUCUUAUGAAGAAAAUCAAAGGAAAAAUUUAAAGAAUUUACCCGAAGAUGAUAAUCAAGAUUUAAAUUUAAAUUCAACCGAAUUUGAAGAUGAUGAAGGAAGAAGAGGACAUAAGAAGCAUAAAAAGAAAGGACAAGUACAAUAUGUUCCUAUUGAGGUACCCACGAAAAUUCCUCACCAACCUCCAGCCAAAGUACCUCCACCUUCUCAUGCAACAACACGAAUAAUUUCAACUUUCUACACAACAAUUGAUGAGAAGUGCAAUAGAGUUUUUCUGGCAGAUCAUGGUGUUCUAACGUACUAUGGAAAUUCAACUUAUUUCAUCCAAAAACCAGCUCUUGUGGUCAUUGACUUGCCCACAUAUGGCUGCAAAACUCGAAAUUUCCCAUUUAUUCGUCGGGCUGAGCUUCCAGAUAGUAUUAUUGCAAAAGGAGGAGAUGGAUUAAUGGCGGUUACAUUGGAUUAUCAAUCAAAGGAUUCAUGUGAUGAUCUCUUUGUCUACAUGCCAAACUCCUUUCACAGCUACCUUGUAGUCUAUGACUACAGAAAUGACAAAUACUGGAUGUUUGAGCAUGAAACCUUCCUUCCCGUGAUUGCUGAAUCGCAAUUUGUAUUUGGAGGAACCUUCCCAUACGCCCUACAAAUGGGAAUUUAUUCCGUUCAACUGGGACUACCGGAUAAAUAUGGUAAUAGGAUAGCGUACUACACACCAUUUGCUGGUACAGCUCAAUAUGCUGUUUCAACGGAAAUUCUAAAAAAUCAAAGAAAUUCUCCAGAGAAUUUCCAUCAGGAUGAUUUUAGGAUCGUUGGCUACCGUGGUGAGGGGCAUCAAUCAAUGAAGACCGUCAUUGACUACACCCACGAGGUGAUGUUCUAUGCAGAAAUACAAUCACAUCAAAUCCGUUGCUGGAACAUCAAUAAACCCCUCAAUCCCGACAACAUUGACGUGGUUUAUGAAUCAAAUCAACUGAAUUUUACUUCCUACGUGGGAGUGGACUCUAGAGGCUACCUCUGGUUUGAUACAAACCACAUUCCCAUUGAUUAUCUCACAAAUAUUCCUCUUGAUCUCCAAGAAGUUAAUUCUAUGUCGUUCAGAGUUAAAGUUUCCGACGCCAUAAAGGGGACUGUUUGUGAAAAUUAGAGCUUCUUCAUUUUAAUUUUAAAUCUCUAUUAAUUUUUUUUAUGAAUUUUCCAAUGUAUCGAUCUCUGUAGCAGGUUUAUCUACUACAGGUUGUUAGACUACAAAUUAGUUUAUUAAAGAAACUAUAAGUGAUGCGAAACGUAAUCAAACUGUAUUGAAAAAAAAAAUGAACUGAAUAAGAAACUGAUCCUUUUCAUAAA